UAUCUUACCGACGCCGAUCGAAGUUUACUUUGACAGUGACAUUUUUAAUAAUGUUUUCAAUUUGAGACUGAAAGCUCUCAAAUUUUUAGAAACGUACUAAAGAAGACUUUAAAUUCCGCUAAAGAAUUUAUUGAAAACAUGCAAGAAGAUUUAGAGGUGACCGGUGUAUCUCGGAGCGGCAGAGUGAGGAAGAAGAGCUCGAAGCUGAUGGAUUUCGAGUCUCCAGACGACAUCGAAACCAGAUUCCGAAGACAGACACCAGUCAAGACAUAUUCUGGAGUCAAACAGGACGAAACAGUUGAACUUCAAGAAGCUCCGCAUCGGCAAGAAGAGGGGACCGCGUCUGGUAGUGAAUCGGAUUUCUAUGAAAAUAAUCCCGACAAUGGCGACAGCAUGGAAUCCGAUAGUUCUGCAUCCGAUGAAGGCUCAGCUCGAACACCCGCUAAUUCACUGUACAUGAUGGAGAAGAGUAAGAAAAAAUUGAUAGUCAAAGAUGGUAGGGUCGUCGGCAGGGCCAAAGCACAACGGAAGGAUAAAGGUAAAACCCGUAUAACAGCUUACAUGAUGUGGGCGAAGGAGGCUCGGAAUGAUUUGUUAAAGAAACACCCGGACAUGGACUUCUCAGCGAUAUCAAAACGGUUGGGGGAGCUGUGGGCUAAUGUUAAUUACAACGAACGCUACUUGUGGAAACGCAAAGCCAAACGUUUCGCGAUGCAAAAGGACCAGAGCCAGGGCACUACCAGCAAGAUCAUCUCCAAUCCAAGUAUAAAGACGACGCCGUGUUCGAGCCGACCGGUCACCAAGACGCCCAAACCUGUCACACCUCCGCAACAAGCGCUAGUGCCGGUGUCGGCGGGCUCCUCGUACCGCGCCCCCAGUUGCAGCGCAGCGGAAGUGGCCGCCCACCUUAGACUGCUGGGAGAGAGUCUGGCCAUCAUCGGAGAGAGGCUCAAGGAACACGAGGGUCAGAUAGCCGUGUCCGGGUCGGUGUCAGUACUCCUGGACACGUUGCUGUGUUCGUUGGCGCCCCUGGUGUGCGUGACGCGGGCCAUCCCAGCGAUCGCUCCCCCCCAGGCGCUGCUGAGAGACACUCUGCAUAAUAUUGCAUACAUCAUGCCCGGCCUCUAGAUUCUAGGGCAGUAGUUCCCAAACUUGUAUUGUCUACUCCACUUUGAGAAUAAAUUACUUUUAUGCGC